ACAACAAUCAUAAUUCUACAAAGACCAUAGAUUAUAAACAUAACCUGUGAACAUAAAUUUAGGAAAUGAUGCAGAAAUUUCCUUGAAUCUAAAUUUUAGUAGGGAAUAAUGUGUGCAAAAAAAUGAUAUGUUAUUCAACGCUAAUAAAUUUUCCUCUCAUCUUUUGCCCAGACUUUUAAGGUUUUCUACUGCUUAUGUUAGAGAAAAAGCAAAAUCAGCAGGGAUUAUAGUUAUUGGAGAUGAAAUUUUAAAAGGAGACGUAGUUGAUACCAAUUCUAGUUAUAUGACGCCUAAACUUCACGAAAUUGGAGUUCAAGUUAAAAAAAUUGUAGUAAUAGGUGAUGAUCUCAAAGAAAUAACUAAUGAAGUGAGAAGUUUCUCUUCGAAGUACAACUAUGUUAUAACAACUGGUGGAAUAGGGCCUACACAUGAUGAUGUUACCUUUGAAGGUGUAUCAUUGGCUUUCAAUGAACGUUUAAUAGUACAUCCUGAAUUGUAUAAGCUCUGCUGUGAAUUUUUUAACACAACAGACAUUAAUUAUCCUGGAAUGAAGUUAUCUAGAGUACCUCAGUCAUCAAUACUAACUUAUCCUCAAAGUCACAAAUCUUACCCAAAUGUAAGGGUAAAAAAUGUUUAUAUGUUCCCUGGAGUUCCACAGUUAUUUCAGAAAUCUUUUAAUUUACUACACAAAGAACUUUUUUAUUCACCAACUAAGUUUUAUUCAAAGGUGCUUUAUUUGACCGUAUCAGAAGAUAAAGUAGCUCCCUAUUUAGAUAACCUUGUUAAAAGUAAUCCAAAUGUUUUAUUUGGCUCUUAUCCAGAUAUUACAAAUAAAUUGUAUAUGGUAAGAGUUUGUCUAGAGUCAGUAGAUCAAGAUGCUGUAAAUUCUGCUUAUGAGAAAUUAAUUUCUUCUAUACCUGAGCAGUACAUUGCUGAAAUAGAUAAUAAUAAAAGGAAAUAAAUUUUUUGAAAUCCAAUGGCUGUGAUUUUUGUUUCUCGUUUUAUUUUAA